AUGGGAAUAUUCAGUGGUGACGACGACACAAGGGUUCAAAAUAUCAACAACAAGAUUCUGGAAGAAGAAACGGAGGGCUUGCUUCCCGACAAGCUCUCUGACAUAAAGGACUCCAUGUCGUCUAUUUGGAAAAACUCGUCAUCAAUAUGGUCUCAGGCGUUGGAGGAUCCUGACAGUUUUGUUCGUCAACUAUCAGACUCAGAUAAGGACAAGAGCAAAGAUGUUUGGGAAAGCCUUGUGGUUAACGCUUCAGACGCAGUGGGUUCACUGUUUGAUGUCAUAGGUUUACCAGGCGGAUAUGGGAACCCUAAGAGAAUCCGUCAUCUGAUGGAUGAUCCUUUCACCGCUGAAGAAGUAGUGAAGCAAGGUAUUACAGGUCUGUACAACUACAGGACUCCGACAGAAGCACAGUUUUCGGAGUGCCAGAAGGUUGGUGGCUUGUCGGCUUGGAAUACAAAGGGAUGGUGGCGAUGCUUAUUCCCUGAGGCUGUUGUUACUGAGAACUUGAAGAAUAGGAAGGACGAGCUGAAGUAUAUCUUAACGAAGGAGAAGGUGGAAAACGAUAGAGACCAUUCCCUGGGACUCUUUUUUCCAGAUUACACCGGAUACAUGAAUUGGAGACUGCAUAUGAAUCAACUAGUAUCCCAAAAAAAAAUAGAGGAAGAGAAGGCUCAAGCAAAAUCUGAUAAAGAGGAAUCAGAAGCGGUGAUCUUGACUCCCGAAGAUCUAAUGUACGAGUCAUCUUUGUCGAAGGAUACUCAAAAAGACAAAAAUGUCUUGGGCACAUCUCAAUUCGUAACUUUCAACUAUACCCCAGAAGGUCAGGAGGAAACCAAAAAAAUAAAAACUUACUAUGACAAUGGCACUGUCUUAGUCAAAUCAGAAAAGAAGAUUACUCCCAAGGAUGGCACAGCACCAAAGAUUGAAGCUACUGAGAGACUCAUCGACGCAAAGAUCGAUCGCGAUUGA